AUGGGACAUCCCAGAGGAACCAAAACGGCAUCAGCCAGUGCCGUUGCCGCCGCCUCAUUUGGCACCGCAUUCAUCGACCCCACAGGCAUUUCUCUUCUCACCUGUCUCGGUGCAUCUACUGCCGCAGUCAUCGGGACGACCUACCAUGCCGCCAAAGCCAUCUCCAAGCGCAGCUCAAAAGCGAUGGAGGAAACCCGCGAGAAGAGAGCAAAUGAGCAAGCACUGGCCCUCGGCAUGUCACCUGAAAAGCACAUGCAAUUCCAACAUGAGAUCGAAAGUACUCUCAGGCGUCUCACUUCGUCCCUGGAGGGAUCCUUCGUCUCCGGGGUUCUCCUAAUCGGUCUUCCGUACAUGGGCAUCACUUGGGCUAUCAAUACUGCUGAAACCGGGUACCAAAUCAAGCGUCUCAAGACGCUUGUCGACAGAGCUGGUGGCAGGAGAGCUCUGGUGAGGACAAUUUCGAAGAGAAAUGCCGCUGCUCAAAUUGCCACUGGUGCCGCCGUCAAGACCGCAGUAUUGUCAGUGACUCUGGGUCAUGACUUUGACGCUGCCAUGCAAAGCAUUGCUGGUCACUUUGACGACGUUGACUAUAAGGAGAUGUUUCUCGAUACUGGCGACGAGCACACAACAUGGCUAGAGCAUUCGGUCAUUGAAAAAACGACCAACUUUGUCGACCAGCCACAAGAGGCGAUGAAAAACAUGUUGGAGGCUGCAGAAGGCGACUUUAAUGGGCACACAGAAGCUUGGAAUUGGGAGGAGGGGCAUUCAACCGAGGAUGUGGUGGCCCUCGGAGCUGUGGUUGCAGUCGUCAACAAAGCUGUCGAUAGUGCAGUGGACGAUCCCGUCCACAAAGGCAUCAAUAGGGCCACGGGAGCUGCGGGGAAGAGGUAA